CUGUCAUCCACAUGUGCUAUUGUUUUUCUGUUAUUUGUUAAGUGCUGACCUGAAGUCGGAAAAACUCCUGCAUGCAAAAUGUCCUCCUGGAAAAAAGCAUCCAAAAGUAAUCAAAAAGUCCACAGAGAAAGACAUCAGCCCGAGUCACGUGCUCACCUGGGCUUAUUGGAAAAGAAAAAAGAUUAUCGCAAACGAGCUCGCGAUGCUGAACGAAAAAGCAAAACAUUACAAUUGUUGCACAAACGGGCACUUAAUAAAAAUCCCGAUGAAUUCUAUCACCACAUGAUUAAAUCCAAACUGCACGAUGGUCAACAUCAUGAAGAAGAAGUGGAAAAGGAUGAACACAGCAAGGAACAAUUGGCUUUGAUGGAAACACAAGAUCUAAAAUAUAUCACAAUGAAGCGAACCAUGGAGGCAAAGAAAAUAAAGCGUUUGCAAUCACAGCUUCAUAUGAUUGACUUUGCCAAUACGGUGAGCAACAAACAUUUGUUCUUUGACGAUGAGCCUGGUAAUAAGGAAUAUGUAGAGGGUAAACAAUUGAGUGAUAUGGCAUUGGCAGAACGCCUGGAGACACAUCCAAGUAUGUUGAGUAGAAAGACAAAUAGACCCAGGUUAAAGGAUUUAGAAAAAAUGCAGAUACCAGAAUUGAGUCCGGAGGAAAUUAAAAAGGCCAACCUGUUGAAGCAACAAUCAUACCAGGAACUUUCCAAGCGCAUCGAAAGGGAAAAGGAAUUAGCGAUAGUACAACAAAAACUGGAAAUAAAGCGUGCCUUGCAGCAGCCUCGCCUGCUGAAGCCAAAGAAAAAGAAGUCUGGCACAAAAGAUGCAGCCCCCGUUUAUGAAUUUAAGUAUGAGCGUAAGAAAUAAUUAGAUAAUGCCAAUAAAUAUCAAGUUAAUGGGAAAGAAUAGAAAGAAUUUUCGUAACAGAAU